AAACCAGAUUAUGCACUCUUCAGUGCAGGAGGAGAAGUUAUGCUCGAGAUGACAUCUGCAACAUACAAGGCACCUAAAAAGCCAACGUUGCUCGGUAAUCUUGGACUCAAAUACAUCUUCUCGCCACCUCGCUCUUUUUCCUCAUCUUUACUGAAACCAGCGAGCCCACUGGAGGUUAUCCAGCCAGGAACGCAUAUCGGAAGGUGCUGGGCAAUGAACGGAACAGAGGGACAGGUUGCAAUCCGGCUUUCUAGGCGUAUUGUGGUAACGGAAAUAACAAUUGAGCAUGUACAUCCUCGUGUCGCGUAUGAACGGGGAAGUGCUCCAAGAGGAAUAGAGAUCUGGAGGAUCAAGGCUAUCCAGACAUUUCCAAUCCCGCUAUCGAAACAGAACGUUCCUGCAUUCGGUGUCGUUAUACGCAUCAAAUCAAACUGGGGGAACCCGAGAUUUACAUGCCUCUAUAGGGUGCGUGUACAUGGA